GCAUGCAACAAACACCCUUCACUCUAGCCAUCCCAGGUAAAGCAGCAAACACACUGCAAAGAUGAACUAUAGAACAAGGUGAUGGUGGAGAUAUAGGGUCAAGUGAGAAGUCCUACAGAGCAGAGGACCUGAACCCUGCUGGCUCAGUGAAGAGACUCUGCUGCACUUUACUCGGACAGAAACUUUAUUAACGUCACUAGAAACACCUGUGACUGUCCUCUACGUCGUCGCACGUCUCCCAGUUUGUCGCACUGACCAGCUAAAGUCUUGUCAGUCAUCAGUGUGAGCUCCUCCUCAGUCUGCUCCUACCUGUUUCCAGAUGCUUCUCAGAUGCUUGACCGCAGGGCGCGUGGGGAGCCUCCUGGCCCGGCGCGCAACGGCUGCCCUGUCCACCAGCAGCGCGAGGAUGGCGAGCCACAGUCACGAGGUGUCUGAGUCGAUUGACAUGUCUCAGCCGAUGUACUGGGACCGUCUGGACACGCCCCUGCCUGACAGACCUUACAAAGAUGUGCUGACUGCUGCCGACAAAAGCCUGAAACAAAAGGAGAAGGGACCCUGGACCCAGCUGACCAAAGAGGAGAAGAUUGCCUUGUAUCGGCUGAUGUUCUGCCAGACCUACCCAGAGAUGAAGCAGCCAACAGCAGAGUGGAAGACCGUCAUGGGCGGGAUCUUCAUCUUUAUAGGCAUCACCGGCCUGGUGGUGCUGUGGCAGACGUACUAUGUCUACCCUGCACAUCCCAGGACCUUUGACAAGGAGUGGCAGGCCCAGCAGGUAAAGAGGAUGCUGGACAUGAGGAUCAACCCUGUCGAGGGCUUCUCUGCCAAGUGGGACUAUGAGAAGGGCCAGUGGAAGUAAAGAAAUUAAUAAAUAAAUAAAUUAUCUCCAAGUAAAUGUAGGAUUGAGUUUGACUAUUGUACCAUAACCACUAGAAAAAUGGAACCAAUGCAGUAUCAGCAACAUUUGAAUAACUUUACUUAAUGGCUCAAAUCAGCAGCUUCUCAGUCACCAUAGCCAUCUGCCAGGGUAAUAACUGUCCGUCCUGUUGUGAGCAUUUGAUUAAAAGUGUUGCUUAACUCUUUG